GUCUACUAGCUCGCAUGGCCAUAUGCUAGCUCGUCAGGAACCGAGUGGCUUGCUCGUGUCGUCGUGAGAAGGGAGCCUGCGCGAUGGCGAGGGGCGCGCGCUCCGUGGCGCUCUUAUUGAUGAUGCUCGGCAUGGCUGCUCGAGCGGUUUCUGCCGUCAGCGAUGGACCGCUACCGAACGGCCACUUUGAGCAGAGGCCAGACGCGUCCCAGAUGAACGGCACCAGGGUGAUGAGCCCAAACGCCAUACCCCACUGGGAGAUCUCAGGGUUCGUGGAGUACCUCGGGUCCGGGCAGAAGCAGGACGACAUGAUCCUGCCGGUGCCGGAAGGCGAGCAGGCCGUGCGGCUGGGCAACGACGCGACCUUCCGGCAGCAGCUGAACGUGAUCCGGCACACGUACUACUCCGUCACCUUCGGCGCGGCGCGCACCUGCGCCCAGGCCGAGAGGCUGAACGUGUCGGUCACCCCGGAGUCCGGCAUCCUCCCGAUCCAGACCGUGUACACCAGCAGCGGCUGGGACUCCUACUCCUGGGCGUUCAAGGCCAAGCACAGCACCGUGUGGCUCUCCAUCCACAACCCCGGCCACGAGGAGGACCCGGCGUGCGGCCCCCUCAUCGACGCCAUCGCCAUCAAGGCCCUCCGCUCUCCCCACCACGUCAAGACAGACAACAUGCUGAGGAACGGGGACUUCGAGGACGGGCCUUACAUCUUCCCGAACACGCCGUGGGGCGUGCUGGUCCCGCCGAUCGCGGAGGACGAGCACUCGCCGCUGCCGGGGUGGCUGGUCAUGUCGGACACCAAGGUCGUCAAGUACGUGGACGCGGCGCACCACGCGGUGCCGCGCGGCUCCCACGCCGUGGAGCUGGUCGCCGGCAGGGAGUGCGCGCUGCUGCAGGAGGUGCGCACCGUGCCCGGGCGGCCGUACAAGCUGUCCUUCUCCGUCGGGGACGCCGGCGACGGCUGCGCCGGGCACCUGGCCGUGGACGCCUACGCGUCCGCGGCGGCGCUCAAGGUGGCGUACGAGUCCCGCGGCGCGGGCGGGUCCAGUCGCGCCGAGCUCGAGUUCGUGGCGGACGCCGACGUGACGCGCGUGGUGUUCCAGAGCGGGAACCACCACAUGAAGCCGGACGGGACGCUGUGCGGCCCCGUCAUCGAUGACGUGUCGCUCGUCCCCGAGCACGCCCACACGCCGGCCGCCCGCCGGCUGCGGAUGUAGAGCGCAUCUCCGCAGGGGCGCGUUGUAUGUGGCCGUUUCAAGAAUUGCCAGGAAAUGUGGUCGUAUCUGCAGUGUCUUAAUAACGUGAUUUGAGAUAA